CUAGCCUCCCUAAUCCGACAAUUAUGACCGGCACCGAUUCAUACCAACAGUUGACACUAAGUUAUGGAUCCUUUUUCUCGCCGUGGUCGUCGUCCACUGCUUCCGCCCAGGUUUGGUGGGAUUGAAAAAGUCCCAACAUGCUUGAAUCGUGAACUAACUGAAAGGAAGCAUGAAAUUAUACCUCUUGACAGGCAUGGGAGAAUUAACAUGCCUGAUGCAUUCUUUAUCCGACAAUCAUAUUGGUUGAGUACGGUUUGGGGUGUUGUUUGGAUCGUAUUUUGUAGGGAAACAAUGUACAUGCUCUUGGGGAUUCAGCCGACCCAUGGGGGUGCUUUUUUUAGGGAAUCGGAAUUAGUGAAAGAAGGAAUUGGAAUUAGUUCCACUAGAAAAUUAUGAGGUCUUUGGUUUAUAUAU